AAGUCCUCCCGGACUGCCCUGUAUAAACUUGAGUCAGUGUCACACCUCUGGUCCUGUUUUUGUCUCCCACAGAUGUCAUGGCACCCCCAGUACCGGAGCUCCAAGUUCCGCCACGUCUUUGGCAAACCAGCCAGCAAGGAGAACUGCUACGACUCGGUGCCCAUCACCCGCAGCGUCCACGACAACCACUUCUGCGCUGUGAACCCUCACUUCAUCGCUGUGGUGACUGAGUGUGCUGGGGGGGGCGCCUUCCUCGUCAUCCCUCUGCACCAGACAGGAAAAUUGGACCCUCACUACCCCAAGGUCUGUGGACAUAGAGGAAACGUCUUAGACAUCAAGUGGAAUCCUUUCAAUGACUUCCAGAUUGCCUCCUGUUCUGAAGAUGCCACGAUUAAGAUAUGGGACAUCCCAAAGCCACUGCUGUCCAGGAACCUCACAACCUUCAAGAAGGAGCUGGUGGCCCACUCCCGCAGAGUGGGCCUGGUGGAGUGGCACCCCACAGCCUCCAACAUCCUCUUCAGCUCUGGCUACGACUACAAGGUGAUGGUCUGGAACCUGGACACAAGGGAGUCUACAAUCCUGAGCCCCGUGAGGACAAUUGACUGUCACAAGGACGUGAUCCUCUCCAUGUCCUUCAACACCAAUGGCAGCCUACUGGCCACCACCUGUAAAGACCGCAAGAUCCGGAUCCUCGACCCCCGAACGGGGGCAGUUUUCAAGGAAGCCACCUACAAGAACCACCGGGCUAACAAGGUGCUGUUUCUGGGGAACAUGAAGAAGCUGCUGUCCACGGGUACGUCCCGGUGGAACAACCGGCAGAUGGCCCUGUGGGACCAGGACAACCUUUCCGUGCCUCUCACCGAGGAAGACCUGGAUGGCUCCUCAGGAGUGCUAUUUCCCUUCUAUGACGUGGACACCAGCAUGCUCUAUGUGGUGGGGAAGGGAGAUGGGAACAUCCGCUACUAUGAAGUGAGCGCAGAAAAGCCUCACUUGAACUACCUGACGGAAUUCCGCUCCUAUUUCCCACAGAAGGGAAUCGGUGUCAUGCCAAAGAGAGGUCUCGACGUGUCCUCCUGUGAGAUCUUCCGCUUCUACAAGCUUAUUACAACCAAAAGCCUCAUUGAGCCUGUGUCCAUGAUUGUGCCCCGGAGGUCGGAAUCCUACCAAGAGGACAUCUACCCCCCAACAGCUGGGGCCCAGCCUUCUCUGACCGCCCUGGAAUGGCUGAAUGGGGUCAACAGAGGGCCACUCCUGGUGUCCCUCAGGCCUGGCGCGGAGCCGCUGAGCCCACAGCCACAGCCUCUGGAGAGGCAGCCCUCCAACUCUGUGGCCCCGGCAUCCCCCUGGUCAGCAGAGCCAGCGGGAAAGCCGGCUCUGGAGAGUGGCAGGAGGCCUUCCUCUCUGCUGGAGGAGAAGGUGCCGCGGUGGCCACCCGAACACAGCAAGAUAGAGGAGAAGAAGAAAGCCUGGCUCACAAAUGGCUUUGACAUUUUCGAGUGUCCCCCACCAAAGACAGAGAAUGAGCUGCUGCAGAUGUUCUACCGGCAACAGGAGGAGAUCCGAAGGCUCCGGGAGCUGCUGACGCAGCGUGAAGUGCAGGCCAAACAGUUGGAACUGGAGAUCAAAAACUUGCAGAUGGGCUCAGGGAGGUUCUGA